CCCAACACGCUUCCCUCUAAUAAUUACGAAUUUUCUCUCCCAAAUUUGUUUGUAUAAGGAAUUUGGUAAAACUAAAGAUGUGCGUGGACUGUUGGCGUCCACUCAAGCUCUAAGUCUCUCAAUGAAACCUGGACUUGUACGCAAAGUAUUUACUUUUUUGGCUAAGGAAGUUGAAUAAGAGAUUGAUUAGCAAUGAAUUCUAGUUGAGAGAUGGUGGCCAUGGCAGCAGGAUUAACACUCUCUUGCUUGCAGCCUGUCACUGCCCCUCCAUCUCAUUUCAGCAGGAGAUUUCCCCAUUUGAAUUCUCAGUCUCUGAGCAGAGGAAGAUUGUGGUAUGAUCUGCUUCAAUCUCAGAAAAACAGAUACCAGAUAAAGAGGUCAUCUUCUAAUCAAGUGGUGGCCAGAUUAUUUGGGCCUGCAAUAUUUGAAGCUUCAAAGCUCAAGGUUUUAUUCCUGGGGACCCAUGAGGAGAAUCAUCCUGCACAUCUGCCCAGAACAUACACACUAACACACAGUGAUAUUACAUCCAAGAUAACACUCGCCAUUUCCCAAACCAUCAAUAAGGAUCAGUUGCAGGGGUGGUACAACAGGUUACAGAGGGAUGAAGUACUUGCACAGUGGAAAAUGUCUCAGGGCAAAAUGUCACUGCACGUCCACUGCCAUAUCAGUGGAGGGCAUUGGCUCCUGGACGCCAUAGCUAAGCUCAGAUUUUACAUCUUUCGAAAGGAGUUACCAGUGGUGCUGGAGGCAUUCAGGCAUGGGGAUAAAGCUCUUUUUGAGAAACACCCAGAGUUAGAGGAUGCCCUGGUUUGGGUAUAUUUCCAUUCCAACGUCAAACAGUUCAAGCGCCUCGAAUGUUGGGGAUCUCUCGCUCAAGCUUCCAAGGGAGCACCUCAUGUUGUGGAGAAGAUAGUAGAGGAGGAGAAUACAGAGGAAUGGGAGAUGCCAAGACAUUGCCCACAUCCCUGUGAAUGUUGCUUUCCUCCAUUUAGCCUCCUCUUGUGGCCACAGGAUCCAAAACAAUUUAUGGAGGAGAAUUGAUUUCAUCAUGUAAAUGGAUUCUAAUUUGACAAAUUCUUCUUACCAUGAAAAGAAACUUUGUUCAUAAGAUUGUUAGAUCAUAUUCUUGAAAGGUAGUCUUGAGAGGUACUUGGAAGAAGUUUGGCCUCCAACAAAUCCAUCUGUGUAUAUAUGACAUUUAUUGUAAUUUUUAUUUUAUUCCAUUCUUAUAGUUUUGUAAGGUAUUAAUUCACAGACCCUGCCAAUGACAGUUUAUACUUAUAAUUUAUUAUUGUUUUCAUA